GAGAACAGUCAGCGGGAUGAACAUCAAACAAAUUUGGAGGAUUCCAUUGCACGGAGGAAGAUGGCGAUGCGGGGUUUCAAGUCGAUGUCUUCUAUUUCAACGAAACAGAAUGCGAACAAUCACUACAAUGCGGAGGACGACACGGUUCAAAUGCUCCGUCUCGCCGUGCUAGAUCAGUACAUAGCUCGAUCAUCAAGUGCCAUAGAAACAAGCUCAAUUAAGGUUCCUCCGAAAGUUUCAAGUAUCAAAUCAAAGAAGUUCUCACAAUCGAUGCCUGCGAAAAUCGUACAACGGAGUUUACCAAGAGAGGAAGGGGUCGACCGAGAGCAGUUCAUGGGCUCUGUGAUGGAAGGAAUGGACAGGGUUAGCAGCGCUAUCACGCCAGAAGCUCUAGAAUAUGUCAAGUGGACUUGUAGACAGCUGGACGUUGACUUUAUGUCAUUGCCUUGUGCACAAAGAUUGCUCCAUGCAGAAAGAGAGAUGGGUUCCCUGUGCUCUCCAACACACCGGGAAAUGGACAUCACGGAAGAAGAGUUAUCACUGGACCAAAUGAUGGAAGAUUGAUAUUCCUGGAUGACUGACGUGCUGGUUCGAUUGGGACCACAUCUUCCAGGUGUUUGCAGUAGUGUGUGAAUGGUGCCGCAUGUAGCUGUGUAUGUAAAUUUGAUACGAAGAAAAACAAAGUUUAAUGCACUUC